AUGCUUCAUGACCUUCCUACUGCAGCGGGACAAGCGCAGUCAAGGGUUCAAUUUGAUAGUGCACAGGACAUUGAAAACCUUAAAACUGAACAAACGAUAAAAAGCGAGACUGUUCGCUCGUUGACUGAAUCCGUUGAGCGGCUUGCCUCAAUAGUAGCUGAAAUCCAAACAAAUGUGAAAUCUGAGGCGCAGGAUCCAUGUGAUAAGUGCAAAAAUGAAUUUUUGCCUGGAAAACAUGUUGGGAUAAAGUACUCACAAACACCUACUAGCUGUGAUAAUGCCAUUGUUUUAGAACAAGCAAACCUAGACAUAUUCCUAAAUGUUUUAUAG